GGAUCAGAUGGUGGCAGAGCGGCCGCGAUUGGCUCGCUGGGCUGGGACCAAAGCCUCUUACCGCAAAGCUCCGGCCUCGACGGCCAGCAGUAACCCCUGAGCCCCCGGGCAGCCGAAGCGCAGGCAGCGGGCGGCCCAUCGCGCGCGCCGCCGCCUCAAUUGCUCGUCUGCCGCGGGGGCGGUUCGCUCGCCUGCAAAAGGUGGGCGGGCGAACACCGACGGGACCCCCCGCAGACACGCUGCAGCGGUGCUCACCCAUUUCUGGGGAAAAGAUGGUGAAUGAGGAUGAAGAAGGGACUUCUCAGCAGGGAGACUCUAAGCCAGCAGAAGCAUGUGGGAUGCCACCUGGACGUUGCCAGAGCCAAGCUUCCCUGGACCUUAAAGAAGAAGAAGGAGACAUUAGUGAGAACAGCUUAAAGACGGAAGAGAGUAACCCUGUGCAACAGCAGGAGAUUGACUCUUUCCCUAGCAAUGGGGGUGCUCCAGUGAAUGAAAGUGCAGCUGCUUAUCCAAUGCAGACACAAUACAUUUGUCCUGUCUGUGGGGAGUGCUUCAAUGGGAGCUCCUGCCUUGUUGAGCAUCAGAAAGUGCAUGCAGAAGAGAAACCAUAUAUAUGCCCUGUGUGUGGAAAAGGCUGCAGCCACCAAGCCGACUUGGUGGAACACAUGCGAACCCACAUGGAUGAGAAACCGUUUUCAUGCCUGGAAUGUGGGAAAAACUUCCUGUUCAGUUCGGAUCUGGUUUCCCACCAGAGAGUGCACACGGGAGAGAAGCCCUACAUCUGUCUGGAAUGUGGGAAAGGCUUUUCCCAGAGUUCACAACUUAUGUCUCAUCGGAGAGUCCACACUGGGGAGAAGCCCUAUGAAUGUAUCAUCUGUCAGAAGAGUUUCAGAUCAAACUAUGACUUGGUCAACCACCAGAGAAGCCAUACUGGAGAGAAGCCCUAUAUCUGCUCCGACUGUGGGAAAAGCUUCACCCGGAGCUCACACCUGAUCUCCCAUCAAAGAGUCCACACAGGGGAAAGGCCCUAUCCCUGCGGCAUCUGUGGGAAGCGUUUCCGUGACUGCUCACACCUGAUUAGGCAUCAGAGGGUUCACACUGGUGAGAAACCUUAUGAAUGUUCCAUUUGUGGAAAAAGCUUCCGAGUUAACUAUGACUUAGUUACCCAUCAGAGAAACCACACGGGAGAAAAGCCAUAUGAAUGCCCUGAUUGUGGGAAGGGCUUCAAGCGGAGCUCACAUCUGAUCUGCCAUCAGAGGGUCCACACCGGUGAAAAGCCGUAUCCUUGUGGCAUAUGUGGGAAGAGUUUCAGUUACAGCUCAGACCUUAUUAAACACCAGAGAAUUCACACGGGUGAGAAACCAUAUGAAUGUCACAUCUGUGGAAAGAGCUUCCGUAUCAACGCUGACCUAGUCACUCACCAGAGAAUCCACACAGGGGAGAAGCCCUACACAUGUCCCGACUGUGGGAAGUGUUUUGCUCGGAGCUCACGUCUUGUAUCCCAUCAAAGAGUCCACGCUAAGGAUGGAAGCCUGGGAAUAAGCCUUUCUGAAACAGACACCUCACCUGCACCAACAACCUGGUCACAACCUCCUGAUGGCCGCGAGAGCCAGGAGGAAGGGGUUGCCCCAUCCUCUAAGCAGAGCACUGACCCUGUGGCUCUGACAGGUCUUACUAAUUCUACUAACCAGCUUGGUGAUGCAGCUCCAGCAACCUCCUUGGCUGAAGUAAAGGUAGAAUGCCCUUGAUUCCUGAAGCAUGGUACCUGGGAGGCAAAUGGUCUGUGCCUGGUACCUAAAUAUGAAAUGCUGGCCUUCUGAGUCACAGUAGAACAGUAAUUGGAAUUGGGAUUCCACCUGCCACGUCAGCUAGGCACCACUUCUUGAGCAAAGUUAAAGAGGGGGCUUGGAUAAGCCUGAAAUGCACCAAACUGGAGUCCAUGAGUCACAUUGUGCAUAUCAGCACAAGCGUUGGAAUGACUUGAAGUACAGCGAAAGGGUAUCCAUGCCUGUGGCAGGAAAUGCCAGCCAUACCUAUGUUGAAAACUAGUCUCAAGAGUUUGUUCGGUUGUCAUUGCUUGGAAAUGUAGUUUUUGUGUGGGUGCAGAGAAGUUUUGGUUACGGUUUUGUAGAUGCUUCCCAGGGUUCUUUGUGGGGAAGUGCACACAAAUUGGGAACGUGGUCAUAAAAAAAAGCUAAUGGGAAGUGAGGGGGCCAAAAAGAGCAGGUGCCCUGUGUGGCUCUCUUGGGAAUGACCACAGGAGCAAGAAAAGUCAUCAAAUGGUGGUUGGCUGUAAUAGCCUUCAAAAUAAAUAUUUUCCAUCACACUUUCUUUCUCCGAGGGUUAUUGCCAAGAGACGGUUCUCAGUAAGUUUAUAUUGCAGACUGUAAUAUAAACAUGCCCCCCCCACCCGGCUUUCUUCGUAAGCACAGGUAUCGUUUCAAAGAAGCAACGCUUUGCUCUUUGUUGUCUUCUAGAGUUUCACCUGACUGUGUGUGUGUUUAAUUGCUAUCAGUAGAUGAAAGUAUUAUAUCUGGAUAGUGUGGAGCUUUAAGUCAUUAUUAAAAAUAUUUAAUUUAAUUUAUAAAGCGUGAUCCUUUCCUGUAUGGGUACAGUGCCUAUGCAUGAAGAAAUACACAGAGGGCGCAGUAGAAUUUUUUUUUUCUUCCUAUGCCCACUUGGUGUGCACAUAUGGUUGCAUGUGCAGCAGACUGCUAAAAGGAACAGAAAGUAUUUGCAUCACUUGCCAUAUAGCUCUUCUUCCUGCCCUCUUAAGGAAUACAGACUUUGGAAUUAGCAUUGCUUGACCUGGCAGGAGUAAGGCUGGGGCGCUGGAGACUCCCCAUUUCUUGUGGAUGUGGAAUAGGUACCUACACAUGCUUCCAUGUACGCAUGCCAACAGACACUUGUUCCCAGCAGGAAAAUAUCAUGUCCAUUUGUUGUUUUGUGUUUUUUUUCCAAGGUGCACUUUUUAAAAAAUGAAUUUCCAAGGAAUUUCAAUCCAAAUUUACAAAAUGUUAAAAAGCUAGAGAGAUACAGACCUUCUAGGAUUGUCCCAAUAUAGUCAUCUUCCUUUGAUCUCUCCUCACUCUUACGUGUUUUCACUACAAUCUUUUGUUGUUACCCCAAAGGUUUGACUGCUAUUCUCACAUGGGCAGGGGUGAGGCAAUAGAUAAUAUUCAAUGCCUUGCUAAACCUAAAGUGCUAGCAGGUAGCAGAUUGACACACCAUCUCAGUCUCUUGCUUUAACUUGCUUUCAUCACAUACCUUGAAAGAGCAGUCUCACACUGAUGGAGCAGUAUGUUCUGUUCCCUCUGGCAGGGAUAACAGGCGAUGAACAGAAACUAACACUGAGUGGUUAUUCUCAAACUGGAAUGGAACUUGAAUCAUUAAUUGAAACUCUCGAGUGAACCCAAACAAGGAGGGAGGGAUCAACUUCAUCUACCUGUUUAGAAUACGGAUCUGAUUUCUAAAAGUAGUGGAAUUGUGAGCUUGAUUUAUUGUCAGAAAUCUAGGAAGAGACUUACACACACUUUGAGUUUCCCAGGCUUCUCUUUUCUCUUUAGAGGCUGGGAAGUAGCAAGUAGGUCAGAGUUUUGCUUCCUAAAGGCCUCGUCUACUGUAAGGAGGUCACUGCAGCAGACUGUAAAGGUGAACAGCCCGGUGCGGGAGAGGACAAUUUCUCUGUGUACGGCAGAGUGCCUCCACCCUGCUCUCAUGCUCGGUCUCUGUGGCUGUUCAAGUUGCUUUAGAAGCCUGUUAUUUUUAACCUUUACCUAGAAAUAACAAGCAUAAGUAUGUAUGUGUGUUUUAAGUUAGUUCCCUUACACAUUUUCUUCUGUGGUGAUGUGACCUGCAGGGUCCUCAGUAGUGCAGUAGUCUUCCAGUGUCCAGACUCUGGAGUUCAUAGCCCCGAGAGCUUAGAGAGAAAGGUGCUUAGAAAGAAUUGAAAGCAUGAAUUUAAAAAUUGAAAUCUUUUUUAUCUCCUCUAUCGUGUUAUCCUUUUUGACAUCAAAUAAGACUCCAGGAUUGAUUUAUCUUUUUCAGUGGGUUCGUUUUUGUAUUUCCUUCCCAAUGUUCCAGUUUCCCGUGGAUGUUGUUGAUUCUAUAUAGUAAGUAAGAGUAAAUAUUAAGAGUAAGAUAAAUAAUACAAUGAUAUUGAUCACCUCUGUCAAAUUCAGAUUUUCACUGUCAUUGGUGAUGGGUGAAUUCAACUACUGUUAGUCAGAAUCGGCUUGGUAUUUACAAGCGUGAUUGGGAAACAUUUGGGAGGGGGGGAAGCUUGUGUUGGUACAUUUAAAUAGGUGGAGCCACAUGUACGCGCCUUAUCAUGUUGUCCCUGUUGUACCUGCCCUGUGCCCACCACAUAACCACAGUCAUGUGGGAGAGCUACUAAAAAUUCAAUCAACCUUCUCCUAACCAAGGGAGAGUUUUAGAUCUGGAUGAGGAAGAAAGACCACAGAAAACAUCUAGAAAGAACAAUCAAGAAAAUUUCUUAAUCCGACAAAAGGCUUCUCAGUUGCACUGUCUGGUUAAACAACUUACAAGAAUCCCUGAGAACUUCAAGUGUAAGUGGUUGAGCUUUCCUCAUGCACCUGCAGAAUAGCUGGUUUUGGACAUCUAGUUAAAACACUGAUCGUGCAUGCUCAGAAUCAUGUUUGCUUUUCCAAGCUGAAGAUUAACUUGAGAAAUUUGCAUAUUAAAGCUAGCAAUGUACAAAUGUUGGGAGCAUCCUCACUUCUAAUAUGAAUAUAUAUAUAGUUCCUGUGCUGAAUCAGAACUGAGAUUGUUCAGACGUGCAAAAAAAAAAGUUGCUCAGCUUUGAUCAGUUCUGAAUCAGAAAAAUGUCAUUCACAGCUGGAUCUGAAUUGCAACAAAGACCAUCAUAGACUGACUUGUUGCAAACAACUUAUCACUGAUUUUUUUACAAGAAAUUAAAUAUGCCACCAAUGGUUAGGUCUAUUUAUAGUGGCCAAGCAUCAUCAUCUUGUAGGCAUGUGACUGCACCAUGUAUCUUGAAAGAAAAAGACAGGACACACUGAAGUUAAGCUUACUUGGGGAAAAAUUAAAUAUGGAAAUGCAAGAUCAGAGCUGAUAUAUAGGUUAACGAGGUAAUGGGCAAAUGCCUGUUAAUUUGCAAGUUUUGUUAGACUAAUUAUGGUUAAAUUGCAGUAAAAAUAAUUUAUCUGAUUAUUUCUGUUUUCAAAUUAGGGCCACUGCUAGCACUUACUGAGAUGUCUGUGUCCUUCACCAAGGAUAAGGCUUCUUCCCUCUGUGUAGAACGGUUUAAUUAGUGUUAGCUUGGUAGGAAUUGUAUUUUCUCUUUAGCUUGGCCAACCCCAUUGAAAGGAGUUAGCAUUGCUCUUUUAGUUGACACAGUGCAGUCCUAAGCAAUGCAAUAGCCUUUUAAACUCACUGACUUUAGUGAACAUAUAAUGGUGUUACUUUGUUUAGGAUGACAUUGAAAGUUUGUAUAAUCCAGAGAAGUUACCUUAAAACAGUCUCUGUUUUUAAUUUGUUUUUGUUAUAUUUAUAUCUAUCUACUGUUCUUUCUGUCUGUACUCUUAUUAUUUCUUCAUCCGUUAUCCUUA